CAGUUUGUGUCUCCUUCUACGUCGCCGUGCGUAAUAGUAGCUUCUUUUUGCAGCAGGCUACUGUGCAAAAGUUUGCAGGAGCUCCACUCAUCUAUCCACGGCUGUCACCAGAAAGUACGUGAACGCAUCGUUGCAGACUCCCUCUCUCACUUUCAGACGCACUAACACACUCGGGAGCAGCAGCAGCAGCAGCGUGCCAUCCCUUUCGUGACUCCGCACCAGAUGCGGUUUACUCCCGGCUGCGCGCAAUUGAUUGCGGGGGAUCGAGGAAGCAAUAGGAGCGUUUAGUGCGUGGACAUAAAUUUAAAGAGAGGAAAGAAAAUGGAGAAGGAAGUGAAGCGACACUAUCGCGCGGCAGCGCUGAACAUCAUCUCAUCUUUAUGUUCAGUGGCGUCCAUCGCUUUCUGCGUCCAUCUGAGCAUCAGCGCGGCGGACAUCAGGAGCCGAGUUGUGGGUUUGGAGAGCGGGACUGCGGAGCGCACCUUCAUCCAGGCCCGCGGAUACCCCAUGGAGGAUUUCAAUUCUCUGGUGCAGCAGAGAGUGGACGAGUUGCUCUCUCAGCGCUCUUAUGAGAAUUUCGCCAAGAUCAGGAAUGCAAGACAGGCCGCAGCUGACUGCAACUGCCCCCCAGGACCUCCUGGUAAGAGAGGAAGGAGAGGCCGUGAUGGAGAACCUGGACCUCCUGGUCCUCCAGGUCCACAGGGUGAGAAGGGAGAUCAAGGUGACCAGGGACCACGGAUGGUCUUCCCAAAGAUCAAUCAUGGCUUUCUUUCCGCUGACCAGCAGCUCAUAAAGCGUCGGCUCAUUAAGGGAGAUCAAGGCCAGGCAGGACCACCCGGGCCUCCGGGCCCCCCUGGCCCUCCUGGACCAAGGGGCCCUCCAGGGGACACUGGAAAGGAUGGACCCAGAGGUUUACCAGGUCUAGCUGGUGAUCCAGGCCACCCAGGAGAAAUUGGACUCAUGGGACUUGAGGGCCCUCAAGGGCCAAAGGGUUCACUCGGGCCUCCUGGUAUCCCUGGUAUUAAUGGACUGAAGGGAGAUGUUGGCAUCCCAGGACAGGACGGAAUCCCAGGCGCCAAGGGUGAAAAGGGAGAACAGGGUGAAAAGGGCGAUAUGGGUGAAGACGGACCGAAAGGUGACAUAGGCGAGAAGGGUGAUGCAGGCUCCUCUGCAGCAGGCAUCAAGGGUGAACCAGGAGAACCUGGAAGGAGUGGACUGAAGGGAGAGCCAGGACUUCCAGGGCUGCCUGGACUCCCAGGGAUAAAGGGUGAGCCAGGAUUUCUCGGUCCCCAGGGAGAACCAGGGCUUCCAGGACUCCCAGGAACUAAAGGCGAGAAAGGUGACCACGGACCAGCAGGAAAGGGAGAAAGAGGAGAAAUCGGACCUGCCGGGCAAAAGGGUUCGCAAGGAGAGUCUGGUAUGACUGGACCUAAAGGGUCAAAGGGGGAUGCCGGAGAUAAAGGAGAUUUGGGAUCUAUUGGCCCAAGGGGUCCACCAGGGCAGAAAGGAGACCGAGGAGCCACUGAAAUCAUCGACUACAACGGAAACAUUGAAGAGGCCCUGCAGAGGAUUACCACAAUUACAGUCACGGGUCCUCCUGGGCCGCCUGGACCAAUAGGACCCCCAGGCUUUAAGGGAGAUCGCGGUUUGCCCGGUCUUCCUGGACUCGAUGGAGAAAGAGGCUUUAAAGGUUCCAAAGGAGACAUGGGAAUGCCCGGGGCGUCAGGGGAGAAAGGAGGCAGUGGUUUACCUGGCUUACCUGGUGUUAAUGGAGCAAAAGGAGAUAAAGGAGAUCCAGGACUUCCAGGUCCACAGGGUCCAUCUAUAACUGGUCCUCCAGGGCCACCAGGACCCCACGGGCCCCCAGGACCUAUGGGACCCCAUGGCUUCCCUGGCCCUAAGGGAGAGCCUGGUUUACAUGGACUGAAGGGCAUGAGAGGGGAACCAGGACACAAAGGAGACCGUGGACCGCUGGGUCUCCCUGGAGCCUCCGGCUUGGACGGCAAGCCCGGAAUUAGGGGCACAGACGGACCUCCGGGUCCAGCGGGUCUGGCCGGGCCGAAGGGUGACAUUGGUGAGAAAGGUGCACCAGGUGAGCCAGGACCACGAGGACCGUAUGGACUACCAGGAGCAGCUGGAACACCAGGUUUAGAUGGGUUGCCUGGAUUAAAAGGAGAUAAAGGCGACGAUGGGGAGAGAGGAGAAAAGGGGGAGAAGGGAAAGAAGGGCAAAAAAGGGCCUAAGGGCGAGAAAGGAGAACAGGGUGCCCCAGGAUUAGAUGCACCCUGCCCAUUGGGUCCAGAUGGAUUACCAAUGCCUGGUUGCUGGCAGAAGUGAUCACUCUAACCUGAAACGCAUGGAGUUUGUAAAUAAUGCUUCUUAUAUGGUAUUUAUAGUUUUUUUAAUGGAAAAAGUCAAAAAGAAAAGAUGUCUAUGUGUGCAACAAUACAAAAAAAGAGAUAACCGUCUGUAAGCUGCUUCUACUCACAUCGCGGUGUGGAAACAAAAACACGCGUGUGUGUCCCGCUGUCUCACAUCUGCUUCGUAAUGGAGUUCAGAUCCUCGGCUGCCGACAGAACUUGUGUCUUUAGAUUUUUGCAUGGCUCGGACUGGUGCGUGGCAGUCCCGCCAGAUCCUAAUGGUUGGAACGAAUGAGAUGAGAAGAAGUGGAGUUGGGAAGUGGAGGAAAUGGGAUCUGGACUGGCUUCUUAACACAAUGCUAAAUGUCGUGUGCUGUUUUGUCUCCAUGAGCUCACCAACUAUUCAUGCGGCACCAUGCGCUCAAGGACUAAAAAACAUAUGAAAAGGGAAAAAGACUUCACUGAGCUGACUGAACAUUGCUUCCUCCCCAUCCCUUGAAAAAGCAUGAGUAGUGUACUAUAUUUAAAUGUAAUGUACAUACAUGUCACUGUUAUGUGAUUACUUCAUAAUUUGUGUGGGAAAAAAACCCCAGAAGGCCCAAAGCUCUGAAAUGGUAACUUUUUUUUUCUUUUAAUCUUCUUAAGGGAGUCACACCAUGGCUUGUAGCCUGAGUACCCUCCUUCCCCUUCUGAUAGUAAAGGUGUCUGUAAUUGUUUUAUUUGUGGCGAGGCCUGCGGCACCAACAGUUUUAGAAGGCUUUUGCCGUUGCACUCAUGGGGCUCAGCAUCGUCAGUGUGACGCCUCCUCAGGGUCGCACAUCUCUGGAUCAAGAUCGGCAAGGGUCUCUGCACUGGCAGGAAAACCAAUCAGUCUGGAUUUGGAUUGGAGCCUGGACAGGCGUGCUUGGUGAGCACGGGAAUGGAAAUGGGUUUUGCAGGAGAGUCACUCUUCAUUCUCCCUGUGAGAUUAGUUGGGAAACGCAUUGAGAUCUGAGAACGUUGAUAUAAUGUGAUUUUUUUCUUUAUUCUUUUUUUUUUAUCAUUUUACUAAUUUUUUACACAUCAUUUGUAUUUUGUGUAUAAUAGCCUUUGGUGCCUCAAGCUUUUAUUCAUUCCUUUAUCAAAAUAGUUUAUACCUUAUUUUUAACCAUUUAAGUGGUGUUUAUUUCAGAAUGAAGGAGACAUUUUGUUUGGGGAGGACUGAAAAGACAUUGCGCAUGGUUUUCAUUUUCAUUUGUUUUGUCACCAAGAAUGACUCUACCUGAUUAUACAGUAAGAUGGCAUCAAUUUCAACCAUAUAUCCAUGAAAGCUGCAGAGUGCUUGUGUUAAAGAUUGUAAAAGUGAAUGGAAGUAGCUAAAAGUCUAACUUUUCUACAGUUCGCGUUUUACUUUUGAGGCUUAACUGCACCACAGUAAUGCAGCUGCUUAAACAUUAUUCCUGGAAAAAGCUCUGUCACACUACUCAAGUUCUAGAAGUCUAUAAGGUACUCUUGGUUUAAAAAAUACGCUUGAAAAUAUGCUGAACUUGUUGCAAGGGAUCUCAUGUUACAGUAUAGUCAAGUUUGCUGCAUGAAUACUGUUUAGAAAAUGUAGAUUUAAAAACAGAAACUUUCUUUUUUGAUUAAGUGUAUCCAAAGGCUGUUUAAAUAAGAUUUAUCUAAUCCCACAGAUUUCUAGGUCUAAAAUUAGGAGAGGUUAUCAUAAACCAAGCUUUUUUCCUCCUAUUCAUCUUGUAUAUUGUCUUAAGUAUAGAGUGAAAACAUCUAAUAAACUACAGGACUUUUAUCAUCUUCCACCAACACCAGUCUGGCCAGUUGUAUCACAUUCCUCAUACCAUGGAGCAAAAAUAAUCAGAAUUUUUAGAUUUAUAUAUUUUAUUUCACACAAGUCCAUUCACCUUUUCAUAUUUCUAGCAUUAAAAUGGUUAUUUUAACAUUGUAGGUGCUAUGCAAGGUAAUACUGUAUUUUUGUUUUCUUCAUGUAGAGUGGAAAAGCAUUACAAACCCUUCAUCUAUGUUACAUUUUAAGAUGUAACAACUAGUGCAUAAUUGUGAAGUGGAAGGAAAAUGGUUUUUAAUUAUUCUUUUUACAUAUACAAGCCUGAAAAGUGUGGCGUGCACAUGUAUUCAGCCUCCUUAUUUAAUUAUUUGCUGAGCAACCUUUCUCUGUGUCUUCAAGCCUAGAGCCAUCUAGAGUCUGAAAUAUUUCCCCAUUCUUCUUUUCAAGCUUAUAUUUCACGAAGAGCAUCUGUGAACAUCAGUUUUCAAGUACUGCCAAAAAUUCUCAAUUAAAUUUAAGUCCAGCCUAUACUUACAGAUGAAUAUGCUUUGAUCUGAACCAUUUCGUUGCAGGUUGACUGUAGGUUUUUAAGGUGCUCCUGCAAGGUUUUCUUCUAGUUUUGCUCUGUAUUUAGCUACACCCAGCUUCCCAUUGAUUCUGAGCAGCUUCCCGGUCCUUGCUGAAGAAAAGCAUCCUCAAAGCAUGAUGCUGCCACCACCACGCUGAGCAUAGUGUAUUCAUGAUGUUAAUUUACUGCAUGUAUAAUUUUGCAUGUAGGCAUAUAAGGUGAACUUUGGUCUCAUCUGUUUAAAGCACACGGUUUCACCUUUGCUAUGUCACCAACGUGACUUUUACCAAACUGCAAAGAGGAAUUAUUUUGGCUUUCUUUCAACAAUGUCUUUCUUCUUGCCACUCUACCAUAAAGACCAGAUCUGUGCCUCUCUAUUUCCAGAUGAUGGACUGAACAAUACGCCAAAACUUUUGAAUAUUGUUUUAAAACCUAAUCCUACAAAGAAUGUCUCCUCAACUUUAACUCUGACAUGUCUGGUGUGUUCUUUGGUCUUCAUGAUGCUGUUUGUUAGCUAAUGUUCUCCAGCAAACCUCACAGAACAGCUGCACUUAUACUCAGAUUAAAAUAACAGCUGGCUUUUGAAGGCAUUUCGUUGCACUGAAUAAAACUAGGUAGAUACAUAGGCAUGGCACACUUCUCAAAUGUUUUUAUUUAGAAAACCAAAUGUAGUAUACCAUGUAUCCACUUAACAGUCAGGUACUACUUUGUGUUGAUUCAACACAAGAAAUAUUCCCAAAAAUAUUAAAGUUUGUUUGUGAUUGUAACAUGACUAGAUGUGAAACAGUUCAAGGGGUAGAAAAACUUUAGCAAAACGCUGAAUAAUCAGAUCUUUUUACUGUUAGAGCGGAUGUGGUAGCAGCAAGUGGAUCGUGGUAAAAGGUGGAUCUGUACAAACCAGUGCUUUUGUUUUUAAUCACACCAGCAGCUCCAGCUAAAAAAACUAAUUUCUUUACAGCUGUUGGAUUUUUAUGUAUGUCUGAAGAAGGGUUUCUUUUUUGAUCAUUUAUUUGUGUAUUUGUUUCAGUAUACUAAGUGGUGCAUUAUUUAUUUUUCUACAGUUUUGUUUUUGUAAAUGAAUACAUUUUGUUGGGGUCUGAGCAGCAUUCCUUGUUAGUUACUGAUGCCAGUUUUGUGUUGAUAUGAAGGAACUUUAAGCUCAUGAUGAGGCAUCAUAAAACACAUCUGCAAAUGUAACAUUGGUGGAAAUUAAGAGGGCAUUUGCAUGUUAGUGUGUGCUUACUGUGUAUUUACUUCAACUUAUAGGCCUUACAUCACAAGAGUAAAUCUGCUUUGUCUAACUUUUUGUGUCAACUAUGACGACACGUCAAUUAUAUAUUCAUGACAGCCUUUUCUCACAUUUUUUUUCCUUUUUCUCUCUGUUUCUUUACAUUGAAUGUAGUUUGAUAUAUAUGUAUAGUGAAAUAUUAAUGUACUGUUGAGAUGUGUGCUCAUUUGACAUAAAGUGCAAUUUAUACUUUGGUUCAUGCGUGUAACAUCAAAUGCUGCUUAAAUAUCACACUACAGUGGUUUUCUUUAGCUUCAUUUGUUCAGCCGUGCGACCCUGUAUACCACUACCUGGACAUGUGGAGGAAUAUGUAAACAGACUUUUAAUUAAAUCUUAAUUUACAGGAUUUUUGUUUCAAUCUCUUUUUUAAUUGAUAUGAUUGCACAAAAACCCCAGGUCAGCGUUCCUCUAAGAAUUACAGAGGCCCUGAAAGGUAUGUGUUUGAUUUCUAUCUAAGUCUAAUCAAAAUGUAUAUGUGGUUUUCAUGAUUAAACCUUUUAUAUUUUGUGUUUUGGAUUUGUUUUGGAACAGAUUUUUUCCAGGUGUCUUUUUUUCUCAGUUUGGCCCCUAAAGGCAAUCAAAAAAUAAUUAAAUAAUGGGCAGAUGUAUUACAUACUCUUUUUCUUGUAUUUAACUCAUUUGGUCUUUGUAUAUUUUAUUUUAUUUUUGUUCUGAAAUAAAACUUUCUGACUGUCA